GGUGCCAGCGGCCUCUGGCGGUUCGAAUCCGGCGAACCGGCUGUUUCGAGGGAAAAGCAAAGAUGUCGGAAGGAAGGAGGAAUAAUUUUCGCAAAACCGAGUUUCACGAAUUGGUGGGAAGGAUAACCAUAACGGUGGUGGGUUAUCCAUUAGAACUGGUUAAACUACUGAUACAGAUUGGACAUGAACCAAUUCCACCAAAACCUACAAGAACAUUCCUUGGCAAACCUGCCCUUGCGUUACCAGGGGCUUUUCAAUACAUGAAACAUAUAAAAAAAACUGAUGGAUUUUUUGGACUCUACAGAGGCCUUUCAGCUAAAUUAUGUUCUAAUUUCAUCGCAGGAGCAGUUUAUACCACUGUGAUAGAGCAAUUACCAGUAACUAAACAAGAUAGGCAUUCAAAUAGUUCUGAAAAUGAUAGCAAUGAACAAAAUGUUUCUGCAUUCUUAUUAGAGACAGCUGAAGACACCGUUGCACGAUGCAUUUCAAUUGUUGCAAGUCAUCCUUUCCACGCAUUGACGUUAAAAAGCAGUAAUUAUAGGAGAACAGACUUGUAUGUUGCUGUAUACAAUUUUACAUUAUUUAUUUUAUUAAUAAAUAUGAAUUUACAUUUCAGAACUAUUCAUGGAUCUUUCAUUGAAAUAUAUAAAGAAGAAGGAAUAAAAGGAUUUUUUGUUGGUCUAAUUCCAAGAAUAAUAGGUGAAAUAUUUACUAUUUGGAUAGCGCACACGGUUUCCUUUAUUUUAAGUUCGUACAUUACAGAAAGCAAGCAAAGUAUAAACAGUUACAUAAAAGCUUCCGUUUCGUUCAUCGCGAGUUCUUUGAUGUAUCCAUUUAAUGUCGUUGGUAACGUUUUAGCCGUUAAUAAUUGCGGAUUAGCUGCCGGAGUACCUCCAAACAUGCCUAUAUAUGCAAAUUGGACCGACUGCUGGUCUCAUCUCAGCGCAAUUGGCCAGCUGAAGAGAGGUUCCAGCAUCCUAUGGAGAUACUAUCAGGGACCCUACAUGCUGGAUCGAAACGGAAACCCGGCCUUCCUCCGUGGCUCUGGUCCUGUGCGCCCGGCCGCCGACUGAAAAUAGGAACCGCGGCCGUCCAGCCGCCGCCGGAAGUCGCCGUAGCUGGGGGCGGUCGCCCCGGUAAAAUUCCUCUAGUGUGUACGUAGGUCGAGGACCAUGUAACGUUUCUUUGACGAAACAAUAAACGAUCAGACGCCGA